AUGCGCGGAGUUUAUUGUGCAGGCGGAGCGCGUGGAGUUCCAGUGGCAGGGCAGCGCAUUCAGAUCUCCCCCGCUCCUGCACUAUUAUCCCCCCUCUCCGCCCCCUGCCAGGUACCAGGAGCGCUUUCCCCGGAGGAAUGCGCGGAAUUUAUCGCGCAGGCGGAGCGCGUGGGGUUUCAGUGGCAGGGCAGCGGUGGUCCGGCUAAGGGCGAGGCGUACCGAGACAACCACCGGAUAUCCGUUGAGGAUAACGAGCUGGCUGGUGAGUCAGGGAGGAGGAAAAGGCGGGAUGAAGAAGGAAUAGGAAAGAGCACACACCUGUGGGACCGACUGGCCCCGGUGCUACAGCCGCUGCAAGCUGGUAACCGCAAGGCGGUGCGUCUGAACCCCAACAUGCGCGUGUACCGCUACAGCCGGGGCCAGCAGUUCGGCGCGCACAUAGACGAGAGUGUGACUGUAGCGGGGGGAGGACGGACAGAGUAUACACUCCUGGUGUAUCUGUCUGGUGCCCCUUCCACUUGGGAAGGGCGGGAGGAGUGGGAGGAGGGAGAGGGAUAUCGGGAGGAAGGGGAGGAGCAGGGGGAAGGUGGGGUUGGGGCGGAGGGAGACGGGGAGGAAAAGGGGGAGAGGGAUGGAGAGGGGGCGGUUGGGGAGGGAGCGAAGGAGGGAGAUGGAGGAGAGGGACGGUGGAGGAGAGAGAAGGGGGUGGCAGGAGGUAGAGGGAAGGGUGGAGUCGGGAAGCAGCAACACCAGCAUCAGGAGCAGCUGGUGGGAGGAGAGACAGUGUUCUAUGUAGGGGCGAGGUCACAAGAAAGCUUCGAGAAUUCUGAAAAGUAUCAUGGUCUGGCUGGCCGUCAUUCUGUCCCCGUCUCCCUUUUCUCCCUUAAUUCCUUCCUUCACUUCCCUUCUCCCUCUUGCUCCCCUUCCGUUCCCUAUUCCUCCCUGCCACUCUCUCCUCAGGUGAGUCCAGAGGUGGGAAUGGCAUUGCUGCACAGCAACUGGGCCAGGUGCUUGCUGCAUGAGGCCAGCGAGGUGAAGCUAGUGGCAAGUCACUGUGUGUAUGCCCCCUUAUCUCCCCAUAUUCCUCCCCUUCCGUUUUUUCCUCAGGUGAGUCCAGAGGUGGGAAUGCCGUCGCUGCACCGCCACGGGGCGAGGUGCUUGCUGCAUGAGGCCAGGGAGGUGAAGGCUGGAAUCAAGUCACUUGUCUGUACUUUCCUCUAUGCCUCCCCUUCCAAUUUCCCUGCAGGGAUGAAGUUAUCCCUCUCCUUUCUCUUCCUCCAUUCCCUCCCUUUCCUUCGCCCUGCAGGCCAGGGAGGUGAAGGUUGGAAUCAAGUCACUUUGCUCUAUCUCUACUUUCCUACUAUCCCUCCCCUUCCAAUCUCCCUGCAGGUGAGUCCGGAGGUUGGGAUGGUGUUGCUACACAGGCAUGGGGCGCGGUGCUUGCUGCAUGAGGCCAUGGAGGUGAAGGCUGGAAUCAAGUACGUGCUGCACUCAGAUGUGGUCUUCAAAUGA